CGUAUUUGUAGCUGUUGUGGUAAGUUUUGAUUGGUUAAAAUGUAUGUUUUUGGUGAAAUGUGAUUGGUGUGGAAGCAGUUGCAUAGCAACGAAGACGCGUGACAUUACAGCCUCCCCGGUUGUUACACGUCUCUCGAAAACUCAUGAUAAAUGUGAUGAAAUUUACUUUCUAUAUGACAUUUGCCGAAUGUUCGUUUAGUUUUUGGCGAGUACAUUUAUCCUCAUUUCUUAACAUCUUUCUGUAAUGUCAGUGUGUUCUUAGUGUGCACGUUCUGAUUUGUCGUUCCAAAAUGAUUUGCGUGAAUAUGCGAGUAGUCAUUCUUGUUAUUUUAUGUUUGUGUUCCUUCGCAUCUCCAAAAGGCAGUGACAAAGAUUCAUCCGGUGGAAAAAGUACACUAGAUGACGCAGAAUCCAUAGAAGUGUUUAAACCUACUCAUGAAUGGCAAUCUGUAAAAAAAGGGCAACCUAUUCCAAAAGGUUUGCAUGUCAGAGUUAAUUUGCAAACAGGGGAAACAGAAGCAAAACUUAUAUCAAAUUCAAACAAUGAGAGAACUGAUGUUUUAUCUGUUCAUGACGAUGUGAAUUCAGAAGAGGAUAGAAUUGAAGCAGAUGAACUCUCAAAGGAAAUUGUUGAUGCAGUAAGGGAAAGAUUCAGAUCAUACAAAGAACUUAAAGAAGCAUUUAAACAACUAAAUAUGACAGUUAAAACUGACUUGGAAAUCAUGCAUGAACUUAUAUUCAAAUAUAAAAAUUUACAGAGAUCUCAAAAGACAUCAUAUGAUGAGAUACUUGCAGUGUUAACAGACAUGGAAUAUUUAGUUCAUCAAUUUGAUAAUGCUCUUGAAUUUGUGAGAUUAGAGGGGGUUUCAGAUAUUGUGAUCCCAAUGUUGAAUUGCUCAUCCCCUGCUGUACGAGCAGAAGCAGCACGACUUCUUGGAUCUGCUGCACAGAGCAAUGUAAAAGUUCAAAUUGCAGCUUUAGAAAAUGGAGCAAUUUUCUCCCUUUUACGUGCAGUUUCUCUGGAUUCAGACUCUGUUGUUCGGAUUCGUUCUCUGUAUGCUUUAUCAUGCCUGAUUAGAAACUUUCCAGCUGCGCAAGCAAGAUUUGUUAAAGAAGGUGGGCUAUCAGUUCUUGCUCAGCUGUUUGAUAAAGAACAGGAAAAUCACAAAAUGCAGAUUAAAGUAAUAACACUCUUGUAUGAUUUGCUCAUAGAACGUCAGGAUACAAUAAAAUUGUUUUCUGGUUAUACUCCUGUGAUUAAAGAAGAAUUAGAAAUGAAAAUGAAGCAGUACAAAGAAGUAGGUUUGGAGAAGUCAUUAUUAGAUCAAGGAUGGUGUUCAAAAAUUCCUGCAGUUUUGUUGGCCCAAGAUCAAAAUUGGAGUCGUACAAAGAAAAGAGAUGAUUUGUCAUCUGCAUUGACAGAUAUACCUGUUAGACCUGAACAUGAUUUUGUGGAAAAAGUGGUUGAUACUCUUCUUGCAAUGGUGGAAAUUUGUCAUCAUGAUUUCAACAUUAAUUCCGAUUUGAAAAGAAUGAUAAUUGGUUUAAGAGAGUGGUAUUUAGAAUUGGCUAUGAAAGAAGAGUUAAAUAAAUCUGCAAAGCAAAUUAGAGAAGGAUCAGAUGAAAGUAGUAAUGACAUUGUUGAUGAAGGUUUUCUAUAUUAUUCUGGAAUUGCAAGAACUCUUGAACGUUUAACCAGAGAAUUGGAAAAAUUUGGAGCAAAGGAUGAACUGUAAAUUUCAGUGAUAUGUUUUCAAGACAAUUAUUUAUUUGACACAUUGAUUGUGUGACAUAGAAAUGCACUGACUGGAGGUAUGCGUUCUCUGGAAUUUCAUCAGCCCAUGCUCACUCGCUCCUCUUUCUUUCGACACCAUGUGUUUGACCAUCCUAUUAGCUGGUUGCAAGCUCCUAGUCAUUGGUGGCCAGCCAAGACCAUCGAGUGCUCAGUGAGUUGCUGAUAACCAGCGUUCUUCAUUCCAGUGAAGAGAGACAUGGCUGCCUCUUUAGAGUUGGAUCCUAUGUUCCAGUAAAAGCAAGGAAUAAUGAAUGUUCUUUAAAAUAAAUGAUCAGCAGUUUUCAAAUUCAAUUUCUAAACAAAGUAUUAAAUAUUAUUUAUAUUUAUUGUAUUUAUUGUUAUUCAUGACUGCAAAGUUCAUUUUGACUUCCUGACAAGAAAAACUGCGGUUUUUGGUAUUACGAAAGUUCUUCCUGAGGGGGUAUUCACAUGUUUACAAAUUUUGAAAUUUCCUUCUUUGUGAUGUAUUUGCACAAGUUAUGAACAAAUUAAUAAUUCUGGUGGAUUUUUAAUUUUGAUUUUUUUGAGUAAAUGUACUUUUAGUUUUGGUUAAAAAUAAAUGUAUAAAUCAAUUUCACAUUUGCUAAUCCCAGUCAAUCAGUUUAGAAUCUCUAUUUUUGGUCUAGAUCUCGACAGAAUGUGUCCUUUGAGUUUCAAAGUGACGUUCUCUAUAAUUAGAGGCCAAUACCUUGCUUUGUUUUCAGUUCUUCACUGAAAUAAACUAGUGGUAUAGUAACAACACAUACAUUCUAACACUAUUUGUUACUGCUUGAAUUAUUUGCAGCACAUCAUACAGAAAAGACAGAAUAAUUUCACAUAUAAAUUGAUUAUUUAGACCUAAAGGCCAUUCAAUAUUUAUUUAUAUAUUGCAUGCAUUAUAUAUUUGCAUUACGAAUGCAUUUGGAACUAUGAAAUCAUUACCCUAUGCAUAUCCAUGUGUGUGUGAUUUUCCUUAAGGCAAAAAUAUUUUUAUCUUCGGUUUUGUAGUUUUUGUUUUUCAGUUUUUACAAUUUUUGGAAAAACAGAAUUUAAUGAAACUGAGACCUACUUCAUUCUUUUAAGUGUUUUUUUAUUGUAGAAAUGGGAAUUGUGUUAUUUCCAUCUAAGAAAAAAUUUUU